UUUCGAUUUUAUGUACCUCUAAACUUAAAAAGUAACAUUGCCAUUAAACCAAAAUAGGUCCUAUAUUUUCUAUUCUUUUAAACAAAUCGUAAUUGGAAUGUGGAAGCUGCCUUCGACCUUUUAAGAAGUUUCUCUUUCCAGACUAGCGUGUUCAAAGUCAUGUAUAAAAUUUUGGUUACCUUUCUGUGUGUUUUGCUAAAUAUAGCUUCCAUUCCCUUUAUAUUGUCUUAUGUGUCUCUAUUCUCUUUGUUUUCCUGCAAAUUUCAUCAUUUCUCAGUAGCCUGAAAAUUUGCUGCAUAAUUUAUUAUCUCCACUUCCCCCUAGCUAUGGAUUGGAGUAUGAUAGGGGCUGCACAAACUGGAAACAUUAAUGUCUUGUAUGAGCUAAUUCAGAAAGAUCCAUAUGUUUUGGAGCGUAUUGAUCAUGUUCCAUUUCUUGACACUCCAUUGCACGUAGCAGCCAGUGCUGGGCAUGUUGAUUUUAUGAUGGAGAUCAUCAACUUAAAGCCAUCGUUUGCAAGAAAGUUAAAUCAAGCUGGGUUUAGCCCCAUGCACUUGGCUCUGCAAAAUAACAGAACUCAAGCUGUGCUUCGACUCCUCAAGUUUGAUGAAGGCCUUGCUCGUGUUAAAGGAAGGGGAGGCUUGACCCCUCUGCAUCAUGUGGCUCAAACUGGAGAUGUUGAUCUUUUGAUCAAGUUCCUUGAGGUUUGCCCCGAGGCUGUUGAAGAUGUGACUGUUCGAGACGAGACGGUUUUCCAUAUUGCAGUAAAGAACGACAUGUAUGAAGCAUUUCAAGUCUUGGUGGGGUGGCUUAUAAGAAGCCGCCAUGAAGCUGCCCAACGUUGGGAGAAAGAACUACUUAGUUGGGCAGACAUUGAUGGCAACACUGUUCUGCACAUUGCAGCUAUCAAAAACUCACCUCAGGUGGUGAAAGUAUUGCUGGGACACUUGCGCCGAGACCAUAUCAAUGCCAAAAAUUUGAAGGGAUCCACAGCUCUAGAUAUCCAACCAGACUAUCCAUUGGAUGAAAGGCAAAUGGAUAAUUAUAAGGACUCCGUUAAAGAUAUGAUAAGAAAAGCAGGAGGAUUGAGCGGUUCCAAGCUUCCCAAUAAGUCCAUCUCGUCAAUCCACAUCAAAUCAUUAAGGCCAAAGAUGUCAUGUUCUCAAAAAUUUGCAACAAUGGCAGGUCGAGGAAGAAAGGGUAUCCCACUUGAGAUGCGUAAUACAUUUCUAGUAGUGACGGUGUUAAUUAUAACAGCCACUUACGCUGCCUCUUUAAGCCCUCCAAAGAAAGCUGAUAACAGUUCAUCCAUGAAAUACCAUAUCGAGUAUAGCGCAGCUGUAGCAUCGGUCGACAGCACUGCACCACUACCAGUUCCUCCUCCACCACCGGCCGAUGAUCAGAUUAAUUUUUCAGAUUUAAUAGAUGUAUCAUCCAUGUUUUGGUUAUACAACACAUUAACAUUUUGGGCAGCAAUCGGGUUAACAGCAUAUCUCCUACCAAGUCGUUCAAUCAGCUUGUUUCUUCUCAUAACCCUUUCCUUGUUUGGGACUUGUUACAUGCUUUUAGUUGCUGUGUCCACAUGGUCAUGGAAACUUCAGUAUGUGGUUUCUCUUCAAACUACUAUACCCUUGUCCUAUCGUGCUCUCUGCAUUAUAAAUUACUGCUUGUCAACAUCCCUAGCUCUGCUGGUAUCGUACCGGAUAGCCCGUUAUGUUUUCCGCAGGUUUGUGCCUAAAGCAAAGAUCUUCGUCCUCGUACAAAUCGUUUCCUUUAUCCUCUUUGCUUUUGUUCUUGUUCCAGCUAUCCUUAAUACCGAAGCCAUUUUAACGUACUCCAAUUUCUUUCAGUGAUCUUCGUUGAAUUCUUAUUCGUUUCAGCCGGUUAAUUGGUCCCCUUUCAUCUCUUGUGAAGGGCCUUGUUUGUUUUUGUUAACAAGGCCUUAUAGUCUCUUGAAUGUGAAACUAUUUGUCAUAUUGUUUGAUCUUUUAGAAACCAUAAGAAUUGAAAGUGACGAGUCUCCCUUGCACUGCGCGUUAGCAGGUAGAAGAAAUUAUUUAAAGCAUGCAUUAUUAUUCAAAUAUGUUAUUUGAUUCAAUUAGAGAAUGGGGUCAGUGUGAACUUUUGAUGAUAUAUAAAAUUCCACACACAUUCUUAUCCCUUUCCUA